CUCCGGCUUCAGACAUCUUUUCUCUCUCUCUCUUUCCCUUUCCCUUCACUCAAAUGCAGUUCGGAGCUCUGCAACGGAUUAAUUUACGGUCGGGAGGUUCCGGGACCCAGGGGAGAGUGGAGCGGGAUGAGAGGUUGCGGGCAAGCCGGAGGAGCCGGCCAGAAGGAAGGCAGUAAGGAGCUGCGGCGCUGAAACUGCUUCUCACCAAGAACCAGACUGGAACAGAUGCGUGUAUUUCUGCUAAGGUUAGGCUAGUCAGGUUUGUUUUGUGAAAAGAACCACCCCCCCACCCCCCGAGCCUGUUAAUAAUAUGAAUUCAGGGACGGAGCAGCAUUGAAUUGUGUGUUUGCAAAUCCCUGCUCCAUUUAGCCAAGGGGGUGAAGAAGGAGGUGUUUUUCUCUCAAUCAAUAUCAAAGCGUGAAACCGACACGGAGUGUGGUUUAGAGACAGCGUCCGGAUCUCUCUCUCUCUCUCUCUUUCACACACACACGGACACAACACCCUGCUUUCCCAACCUGAAACAAGCGAAAAAGAGGAGUUAGACUUGCUCACCAACUGAUCAGCAUGUCAUCUCAAGGAAGAUUCAAAAAAGACAAAGAGAUUACCACAGAAUACGAGACCCAAGUCAAAGAAAUCCGAGCACAGUUGACAGAGCAGCUGAAAUGCCUGGAGCAACAAUCGGAAUCCCGUCUCCAGCUCCUGCAGGAUUUACAGGAGUUCUUCCGGAGGAAGGCGGAGAUCGAGGUGGAGUACUCGCGGAGCCUGGACAAGCUGGCAGAGAGGUUUGCAGCGAAGAUCCGCAGCUCCAAGGAACAUCAACAGUUCAGGAAAGACCAACAUCUACUGUCGCCUGUGAACUGCUGGUACCUGGUCCUCAAUCAGACACGACGAGAGAGCAAGGAUCAUGCCACCCUCAACGACAUCUACACCAACAACAUCAUCGUCCGCCUAACGCAGAUCAGUGAGGAUGUAAUUCGGCUCUUUAAAAAGAGCAAGGAGAUUGGUCAACAAAUGCAUGAGGAGCUGCUGAAGGUCACCAACGAGCUGUACACUGUGAUGAAAACCUACCACAUGUACCACGCAGAGAGCAUCAGUGCGGAGAGCAAGUUGAAGGAGGCCGAGAAGCAGGAGGAGAAGCAGUUCAGCAAAUCAGGAGACAUCAGCGUGAACCUCCUGCGGCACGAGGACAGGCCGCAGCGACGCAGUUCUGUGCGGAAGAUAGAAAAGAUGAAGGAGAAGCGUCAAGCCAAGUAUUCCGAAAACAAGCUGAAGUGCACUAAAGCAAGGAACGACUACCUGCUUAACCUUGCGGCAACAAACGCUGCGGUGGCCAAGUACUACAUCCACGAUGUCUCCGACCUGAUUGACUGCUCUGAUUUGGGAUUCCAUGCCAGUCUAGCACGCACCUUCAGGACUUUCCUCUCAGCAGAAUAUAACCUGGAGACAUCUCGGCACGAAGGGCUGGAUAUCAUCGAGAAUGCUGUGGACAACCUGGACGCUCGGAGUGACAAGCACAAGGUCAUGGACAUGUACAACCAGAUCUUCUGCCCACCAACCAAGUUUGAAUUCCAGCCACAUAUGGGAGAUGAGGUGUGUCAGGUGAGUGCUCAGCAGCCAGUUCAGACAGAGCUUCUCAUGAGGUAUCACCAGCUGCAGUCCCGUCUGGCCACACUGAAGAUUGAGAACGAAGAGGUCAGGAAGACACUGGACGCCACCAUGCAGACACUGCAGGACAUGCUAACUGUGGAGGACUUUGAUGUGUCCGACGCAUUCCACCACAGCCGAUCCACAGAGUCGGUCAAAUCCGUUGCCUCCGAGACUUACAUGAACAAACUCAACAUCGCAAAGCGGAGGGCUAAUCAACAGGAGACCGAGAUUUUCUACUUCACAAAGUUCAAGGAGUACUUGAAUGGGAGCAACUUGAUCACAAAGCUUCAGGCCAAGCACGAUCUCCUGAAGCAAACUCUGGGGGAAGGUGAGAAGGCCGAAUGUGGUACUUCAAGGCCCCCAUCGCUUCCCCCUAAGCCACAGAAAAUGAGGAAGCCUAGGCCUCGCUCACAGUAUAAUCAUAAAUUGUUUAAUGGCGAUAUGGAGACGUUCAUACAGGAUUCCGGACAACCCAUCCCGCUUGUGGUGGAGAGCUGUAUUCGAUUCAUCAACCUUUAUGGUUUACAACAACAGGGCAUUUUCCGAGUUCCCGGCUCUCAGAGUGAAGUCAAUGACAUCAAGAAUGCUUUUGAGAGAGGAGAGGACCCUCUUGUCGACAAUCACAACGAACAUGAUAUCAACUCGGUAGCUGGUGUACUGAAGCUGUACUUCCGAGGCCUGGAAAAUCCACUCUUCCCCAAGGAGAGAUUCCUGGAUUUGAUUUGCUCCAUCAAGAUCGACAGUGUUGUGGAGAGGAUCCACCACAUCCAGCAGAUCAUCGUGACGCUCUCACGGACGGUCAUCAUCGUGAUGAGAUACCUCUUUGCCUUCCUCAACCAUCUCUCCCAGUAUAGUGAUGAAAACAUGAUGGACCCCUACAACCUGGCCAUCUGCUUCGGCCCAACCUUGAUGCCUAUCCCUGAUGGACAGGACCCUGUUUCCUGCCAGGCCCACGUCAACGAGGUGAUCAAAAGCAUCAUCGUGAACCACGAGGGCAUCUUCCCCAGCCACAAGGAGCUGGACGGGCCGAUGUACGAGAAGUGCAUGACUGGAGGCGAGGAAUACUGUGACAGCCCCCACAGUGAGCCGGGGGCCAUAGACGAGGUGGACCACGACAAUGGAACUGAGCCCCACACCAGUGAUGACGAGAUCGAGCAGAUCGAAGCCAUCGCCAAGUUUGACUACGUUGGCAGGUCGCCACGGGAGCUGUCAUUCAAGAAGGGAGCCUCCCUGCUGCUGUACCACAGAGCCUCAGAGGACUGGUGGGAGGGACGGCACAACGGGCUGGAUGGCCUGAUCCCACAUCAGUACAUCGUGGUGCAGGACAUGGAUGACGCCUUCUCGGACAGCCUGAGCCAGAAAGCAGACAGCGAGGCCAGCAGUGGCCCACUCCUAGAUGACAAGGCCUCCUCGAAGAAUGACCUUCAGUCCCCAUCAGACAACUUGCCAGAGUUUUCCUUCGGAGGUAUCCUGGGCAGGGUGCGGUUAAGGUCGGACGGAGCCGCAAUCCAGCGGCGUCGGAGUGGAGGGGAUGCCCACAGCCCAGUCAGGGGCUCCGGACCAGCCAUCGACACCCCCCCGCGGGCAGCAGCCUGUCCCAGCAGCCCCCACAAAAUCACUGUCAACCGGGGCCGGAUGGAGAGCCCAGAGAAGCGGCGGCUGGCCACCUUUGGCAGCGCCGGAAGCAUCAAUUAUCCUGAUCGGAAGAACCUAGCGGACGGGCAUCCCAUGCGGCAGACGUCAGUCUCCACCCGCCACAGCAGCCUCGGCGAUCACAAGGCGUUGGAGGCGGAGGCACUGGCGGAGGACAUAGAGAAGACCAUGAGCACGGCCCUGAACGAGCUGCGCGAGCUGGAGAGGCAGAACACAGCCAAGCAGGCGCCCGAUGUGGUGUUGGACACACUGGAGCAGAUGAAGAACCCACCGAGUGGUGCAGUGAACUCCGAGCCGGCCAGCCCACUGCACACCAUCGUCAUCCGUGACCCGGACGCUGCCAUGCGCCGCAGCUCCAGCUCUUCGAGCGAGAUGAUGACCACCUUCAAGCCAGCUUUGUCGGCCCGCCUGGCUGGCUCUCAGCUCCGGCCUCCUCCUAUGAGACCCGUGCGGCCUGUGGUCCAGCACCGCUCCAGCAGCAGUGGCAGCAGCUCGGGAGUGGGGAGUCCGGCGGUGACUCCCACCGAGAAAGUCUUCCCCAACAGUGGGGGCGACAAGUCCGGCACCAUGUGACCCAACCGGCCUCGGGAGCGUGGGUCUCAUUCCCAGUCUGAAGCACCACCUGAACAGGGGAAGGAAGCCUUCUGGGAUCAGGCUUCUGUUCCAAUCCUUUUGAUUAAUGAGACUGAGGUAAACAUGUAGUCAGUGCUGUUUCCCUGGUGAAACGGGUUUGCCCAGAGCAGGAGAUUAGUGCCGGCAAAUCUACCUGCAUAUGCACAUCCGCAAAACAGACUCCACUUCAGGGUCACCUGGGAUAAACGGCCCUUAUUCUGCACAUCCUGAGCAGGCUCAGGAGAGCUGCUAAUCCAAGCAAUACAAGGAGAAGCAGGGACCGCAUUCUGUGGGAGUGAAGGAGGAAACGACAGGGGGGGGGGGGUGCAAAGGAGGAGAAACAUGGCACGCUUCAUCUCAGCAUCUCGUCCAUCAGGGACUGACUGAGAACCUCUGAGAGUUCCUUCCUUUGGUACCAACUGGAACAUCUCCCUCCUCCUCCUUCCAAUAUUUGUGGUUAAGCCAACUCCUCUGGUGCCCAGUUUCAAUGCUGUAAAUAGAUGAAGAGGGCAAGAUCUUCGCUCCUCCUGCUUGUACCAAGCAAGUGGAGGAGGGGGGAUGGGAGGGGAGGGAAUGAAGUAUAAAUAUUGUAGCACAGUAUUACCAGUUAAUUAAUUAACUAAUUAAUAUUGCAGUUGUACCUAAUGCAGCAUAACGUAACAAUAAUAUGGAAGUUAGGCAGAGUGUGUGUUUAAAACAUGUAGAUUAACUUAUCCUAAUUUUUGUGAAGCAUUUAAUCUAUGUAGUACUCCUUUUGUAAGAAAACGUUUUCGAUGUACAUAGUGUCACAGAAACAGGCAAAGGGACUGUGUGAUAUUUAAUGUGAUAUUUCAUCAUCUCCUUUGACAACUGGACAUGGUCAUUAAGGUUCCUUUAGUUUACACUAGGGUGUGUGUGGGGAGAGGGGAGGUCGGUGGUGUUUUCCGAGGGUCGAUGGUUGCUGCAUGGUUAACACCAGUCAUUAUAGAUGUCAGACCUAGAAACAACUCCCGAAAGCUGAACAAUUCUGAGGAUGUUCAUUGUAUCCGAAUGCCUCUUCAGUUGUUGAAGACAGCAUUACAAACUAUGUAACUGGGAGCACAUUGAGGUUAUAUGCUUUGGCAUGGUGGGUGGUCUUUGCAUGGCAUCGGAUUAUUACCUUUGUAUAAGAGGGGAGCCCCUCAGUUCUGUGCAGCUAGAUUCAGGGUGGGGCUAUCUGCCACGAAUACGGCUGAGGUACUCUCUUGCCCUGUCCUCUCUCCAAGGCAUCGACUCUUGCUGGGAACCGACAGGCAGCCCUCUUCAACUCUCAUCCUUCACACUUGAGCCUUGACAGAAAGUCACUGGUGCCAGGUUGUGCACCCACUGAGGGAGCAGUGGGGUUGGGGAUAUCUACUAGGAUAAUGAUCACCCCUACCCCACCUCCGCUAUGUUAUUCUGUCAAUCCAGGGACACUGAUGGUAAGUGGGCUGGCAACCGCUGAGCUCUGGUAACUCAGCAUAGGGCAGGGGGUGAAUCAGACCCAUGGGGUUUAGUGUGUCCUUGACAAUGCGUUGACACUGCUGCCAAACCCUAGUUGAGAAAAUUCAUCUAGAGACCAACAAGCCAUCCUAGAGUCAUAGAGUUAUACAGCCAAUAGAAAUAGGCCAUUCAGCCCAAGUCAUCCAUGCUGACCAAGGUGCCUACCUAAGCUAGUCCCACUUGUCUACAUUUGGCCCAUAUCCCUCUAAACCUUUCCUAUCCAUGCAAAGGUCUAAAUGUCCUUUAACGGUUGUAAUUGUACCCAGCUCUACCACUUCCUCUGGCAGCUCAUUCCAUAUACCCACCACCCUCUGUGUGAAAAACUUGCCCCUUAGGUCCCCUUUAAAUAUUUCCCCUCUCACCUUAAACCUAUGCUCUUCAGUUUUAGACUCCCCUACCCUGGGACAAAGACUGUGACCAUCCACCUUAUCUAUGCCCCUCAUUGAUUUUAUAAACCUCUGUAACAUCACCCCGCAACCUCCUACACUCCAGGGAAAACAACCCCAGCCUAUCCAGUCUCUCCCUAUAACUCAAGCCCUCCAAUCCCGACAACAUCCUUGUGAAUCUUUUCUGCACCCUUUCUAGCUUAAUGACAAUCUUUCUAUAGCUGGGUGACCAGAACUGCACAUAAUACUCCAAGGGUGGUACAGUUGUAACAUGACAUCCCAACUCUUGUACUCAGUGCCCUGACUAACGAAGGCAAACAUGCCAAAAGCCUUCUUCAUCACCCUGUCUACCUGUGUUCUGUCAAGAUAGCCCAAAUGGUAUGAGUGGCCAGGGCUGUGAUCUUAUAACAACUCAUCUCUCUCAGCUUGUUUAUCGUUGUUUGCAAACCAAAUGUGAGAAAUCUCUACCACCCCAACCCUCGCCCAACACCACCGCCAUUAACUUUGGUGGAGUAACUGGGGCUACCUCUCAGGUCACAGUGGGAGAAGCCUCAAAGGCCAUUCCUGGUGACGGUCAGCUCCGUCCAUGGUUAGUAACGUCAGCAGCCACCCGAGGCAGUGGAAGUGUUACUGACACAUCACCAUCACUGCAUGCCCACUGAGCUCGAGACACCCACAAUGCCAGGCAGUUCCAUCCCUUUCCUGCCCCCCACCCACUGCCUAACCCACACAUGCACCCUACUUGUUGCCUCCGAGGAAUCAUAGCUUGGAGUUUGCUGAUGCUUACAGGCUUCCUUUGCUAAUGUCACUAUACAGCCUGUACAUCAACAACUUACAUUCUUAUAGUGUCAUAUAGCACGGAAACAGGCCCUUCAGCCCACCAAGCCUGUGCCAAUCAUCAAGCACCCAUUUAAGCUAAACUACACUAAUUCCAUUUUAUUCUCAUUUUCCCAUCAACUGUCCCACCCCCAGAUUCUAUCACUCACCUACACACUAGGAUCAAUUUACAACAGCCAACUCACAUGCCUUUGGGAUGUGGGAGGAAACCCAAGCCCAUGGAGAACAUGUACACUCCAAAAUCUGUGAGGCAGAGGCUCUACUGGCUGCGCCACUGUGCGCUGUGUAUAGCGUAUAUAUAGUUGUGCCACUAUGCUGUGUGUGUAGUUAAACACUCUGACAGUUAUCAGGUGAAGUAUGACAUUGUGAGCCAUGCAGGAAUAUGGUAAAGAUUGGUUUUAAUCCACCUUGUUUUGUCACUGAAGGAGUUAAAUUUUAAGAAGCAAUCUUAAAGGAGCAGAAAGUAGUAGGGCAGGCAAGAGAAAAUAUUGCUUAAACCAGAAAUGCAUGCUGUUCCCAUUCCUCAGGACUAUCUUUAACCCUGCGGGUUAUAAGGGAGGUUAAAGGGACAUGCUGCCCAUUGGGUUGCCAACGCUGGCUGCAGACAUUUCUGGGGGUUUGACAACUCUACCUUACAGCUGUGGAAGAAUGUUCUUUUCAAUGUCCCUGGGUUUGGUGACAGCAGGAUCUUACAGAUCAAUCCUCAAUAGAUAAGACCAUAAGAUAUAGGAGCUGAAUUAGGCCAUUCGGCCCAUUGAGUUUGCUCUGCCAUUCAAUCAUGGCUGAUUUUUAUUAACCUCCAUUCUCCCGCCUUCUCACCGUAACACUUAACCCUCCUUACCAAUCAAGAACCUAUCGAUCUCUGCCUUAAAUACACCCAAUGACUUGGCCUCCACAGCCUUUGUGGCAACGAAUUCCACAGUCUCCACCCUCUGGCUGACGAAUUUCCUCCUCAUCUCAGUUUUAAAGGGAUGCCAUUUAUCCUGAGGUUUUGCCCUCAGAUCCUAGAUUCUCCCACUAAUGGAAACUCCUCUCCACAUCCACUCUGUCAAGGCCUUUCAGUAUUUGGUAGGUUUCAAUGAGAUUUCCAGCCCCCCCCCCCCCCCCCCAAUCAAAUACAGGCCCAGAGACAUCAAAUGCUCCUCAUAGAUUAAGCCUUUCAUUCCUGGGAUCAUCAUUGUGAACCUCCUCCUCUUGUGACACUCCAGGACCAUUUUAUAAUGAGAAUAUUGGCAUGCUAUUUUUCCAUAAAUCAAUUACCAGUGGCCUUGCUCGUCUGUGCAAGGUUGAAUCCAGGCCUGGCUCUGUAGGGUUACAGGCCCGACCCAGCCUUGCAUCCAGCAGGUUUUACUGGCCUGGGAAAGCAGGGAGCAGGCCAGACCCAACACCUGGAGGGUUAACUGGCCAGGUACAAGGUGGUAAGGGGCAGCCUAGGCUCUAGCCAUCAAACAGUAGGGUUGCAGGCUUGAUACAGGAUAGGCUGCCUUCUGCUACGACUAUCCAUGAGAAUGUAAGGGUUGUCCAUGUGUGAGAUACUGAUGUUUCCUCAGGGCUGAGAGCACUGUAUUUUGGCAGUAGGAAGGAUUAAGCAAAAUCAAACCUGUCUGGAGCGGUGCUCUACAAAUAACUGCAUUCCUAGGGAUACAAGAGACUGCAGAUGCAGGGAUCAGGAGCCACAAUCAAUCUGCUAGAGGAACUGCUGAUUUCCUGCUGCAGCUUGUUUCUUGCAUCCUAGAGAGCCUGAUGGUUAGAAGGAGUAUGAGUUUGUGUGUCCACAAGUGUGUGCACUGGGUGUGUACAUGUGGAAGUGUGAGUGUGUGUCUGGUGUUUGGUAAUUGGUUUAUUAUUGUCACAUGUACUGAGAUACAGAAGAGUUUUUAUUUGCAUGUCACCCAGACAGAUUAUUCCACACAUAAGUACAUCAAGGUAGUACAAAAGGAAAAAAUAGAAUGCAGAAUAUAGGGUUACAGAAAAAGUGCAGUGCAGGCAGACAACUAAAGUUUGAGAAUGUAUUUGGGAGUGUGUCUGCAUGUAUAUGUGAGAGAGAGAGAGUGCGUGUUUGCUUAAAUCAGUAUGUGAGUGUAUGCGUGAAGGUAAGAGACACUGCUUCAUUGUGAAGAUGCUCUGAGGACAGGGUUGGAGAUCCACCAUAUGUCCUUGUGGCAUGAGCCCCACACUGGAUCUGUGUUCCACCUGCAUGUAUUGAUACAGUUGGCUUAGAAAAGUGGCAAUGUUUUCAAUUCCCAAUCCAGUUCAUAAGCACAAAAUUCACAUCAGGUACUUUAAAUUAUUCAAUUGGGUAACUUGAUCCAAUUGCAACAUGAGAAUCCUCCAGGUGCUAGGAAUCUGAAACAGGAAGAAAAUCAGGCAAAGCUUGGCAGGUUCAGCAGCAUCUGUGAAGAGAGAGAGAGAGUGAGUUAGUGUUUCAGACUGAAGACCUGUCCUCAGGGCUGGAGAUGGUGAAUACAAGCAGCCUUUCAGCAAGUGCAGAGCUGGGGAAAGUACACUGGAGGGGAUGUGGUAGGGGAGCACAAACAGAAGAGAUGCUUGCCUAUAAUGGUCUUUAAAACAGAAAGCAGCCUCCUUGUGAAGGAAACCCCUCCUGUCACUGACACAUUCGCUGCAAGUGAUGAUGCUCCAUUACUGCUUGGGACUUGUCAAUGAAUUUGAAAUGUAAAAACAUACACUGAAAAGUCCAUUUCAAGCACAGUACUCAAAUAAAUCACCAGACCACGCAGACUAUGCCUAAGGGUUAUGGUCUGGUGUGCUUUGGAACAGACCGCUGUUGGUUUAGUUCUUUUUCUUCUCAGUUUCCUUACCUAUGUGUUGUUUCCCACUGGGAUGUGGUCUCCAACUGGAAGAGGACUUCCAUGAGCGGUACAGUGCAGGAGGACCUGCCUGGACUGUGGAAGGUAAAGGCCUCAGAAUGGGUCUUGAGCCAGCAACCUUCCAAUUCAGAGGUGACUGCACUCUCAGCUGGGACCCAGUUGGCGUCACUACCAGAUUCUGUCUCCGGAUUUGGGGAGACAAGUAAUAGAAGGGCACAGGUUUAACAUAAAAAUUGCCAAAGGGGAAGGUAAGGGUAAAACUGUUUCAUUUAAAUAUAGUGUGGGAAUCCAGUGUGGGACAGGGCAGUGGAUGCAGUGACAGAUGGGGCUGAAGGGCCUUCUUCCAACGCCGGCACAGGCACAAGGAACUCUCCUGUGUUGGAGACAUGGAGUCAAGGAGUCACCAUGCAGUGAAUUCCAGAUUCCAAACACCCUCUGGGUGAAACAAUUCUUCAUCAGAUCCCCUCUAAACCUCCUGACUCUUUACCCUAAAACUAUACCCUCUAGUUUUUGAUGAAUUUUUUAUGGGGAAAAAUUUCCUAUCUACCCUGUUAUACCCCUCAUAAUUUUGUACAUCUCUAUCAAGUUCCCUUCAGCCUCCUCUGCUCCAAGGAAAACAAACCCAUCCUAUCCAGUGUCCCUUUAUAAGUGAAACGUUCCAUCCCAGGCAACAUACUGGUAAAUCUCCCCUCUCCAGUACAAUCACAUCCUUAGUUUUAGUAUUUUUUGAGAAUGCUGGGAGAUUCAGAUAGUAUUAAACUGCUCUCUGAAGGUUAAGCCUAUUAGAUACAAAACUCAUCAGAUUUAUUUUCCAUAUCAGUAGUAGGGAAAUUUUAAAGAGAAUGCACUGUGAAUGAAGAUUAGAGAAACAAAUUAGUCUGGACAAAGAGAGAAGAAAGUUAAUAGGAGAGAUCCCACGAAGAAUCAAAUUAAUUAUGGACAAGAUCAGUCCAAGGACUCACUUUAAAAUUGGGAUCAUUAAUUUACAUUCGAAAAGUGUAAAUUUUAAAAUAAAUACUGGAAUGUAUUUGUUUAUUGAGAGUUGAUAACAUGUUGGCACUAUUGUCCAGGUGUGUUCAUUCCAAAGAAAGUAUUGGGCAGCUGCUUAAUACAGCUUCAAAGCUGCAGGAUAGUUCAGUUGGAGGGAGGAAAGAGGAGAGAUGAGGGUCAAUGGAAGAGUGGGCACCAGAGGGAUGGGACUCAGGAGAGGGGUGGGAAGUUAGCAGGGUGGGACUGAUCAAAGCAUAGGGAACCAGGGAGGUGGGAUCAGUGGAAGAGUGACAAACUGGAGGGAUAAUCCUCUUUAGAAGAGUGAUAAGAGCUUCAGUGGAGGGAAGAUCCUCAAGUAGAGGGAAGAAUAUGUAACAGGAGGGAUGGACCAUAGUUGAAUGGGGAAGGGGAGAGACUGGCCACACUGGGGGUGAGAAUUAAAGAUGGUGGGCCUCAAAGAGCUGAAUACACUCUUCAUUCUUUACUUUAUGUUCUCAUGAUAAGCCUAGGACCCUGCAACCAUCUCUUGGUUUCCAGUUACUUGCAAAAGAAGAUCAAUUGUGGUCAGUAUCUGGAUGUGUUCUGCUCUGAGUGGACACUGUUGUUCCACAUAGUUCAUUACUUUUGCAAACCGAGGAACCUGCUUUCAUCUAAUUAAACAACUACAGGAGAUGUGGCUCUAUGGACAUAAAGUGGCUGACUCGUGUAUGUUUUUAAUUCAUUCUCUGGGGGAGACAGAUGUCCCUGGCAUGGCCUUAGCUGCCUGAGAUGGUGGUGAUGGGACAGCAGUUGGUAUUGGUUUAUUACUGUCACAUGUACUGAGAUACAAUGAAAAGUUUUUGUUUCCGUGCCAUCCAGACAGAUCAUGCCAUACAUAAUUACUUUGAGGUAGUGAAAAAAAACAGUGCAGAAUAUAGUGCUGCAGUUACAGAGAGAGUGCAGUGCAGGUAGACAAAUAAAGUGCAAGGGCCACAACGAGGUAUUAAGAGUUCAUCUUUAACAUAUGAGAGGUCCAUUCAAGAGUCUGAUAACAGUGGGAUAGAAGCAGUCUUAGAGCCUGGUGGUCCUUGAGGCAGUUAAGUUGUUGGACUGGUGUCAUGUAAGACAAGAGGGAUAAGAACAUACCGUUUCCCUAUUAAUGAUUUGGGAUUUUUUCAGCAAUUUAUAGUCACUUUAAUGGAAACAGAUUUAAAAAGACAUUAAUCCAAUCAUAUAAACUAUCAUGAUGGGAUUAUCAACUGAAGUUCAAUUGGAUCAUUAUCCCAGACUGCUUAGCUUAUCGCGUAGUAACAUAACCACAACAUUACCAUAUUCCUGCUCUGCUCUAACCUCAUGUCUGAAAUGGACAAAGGCAAUGAUAGGGAGUGGGAACAAGCAAAGGAUCAUAUUCAACAAACCAUGCGUUCCUUCUCUCAGGGCAGCUGCCUUUGAGCUCUUCUUGCCUGUUAUGGUCUGGUACAACAUCUUCAAAUCAGUCAAAGACAUGCUGGAAAUUCUGUCAUACAACUGUUUUUUCAAAUUGAGAUGAAAUAGAAUUAGCCUAGUCCACUCACCAAGAUUUUGCACUUAGUAGCUAAAUAGUUUGAUGUUUAAUUACAAUGGAAAUGUCUAAUUUGUUAUCGGAAACAGAAAAUAAUAUAGUAACUUCAUGGAGUAACUUUCCUCUCGUAUAUGGAGGUUAACAGUAAUCUCACUCCCUGUGUUUAAUUAAACUCCUUUGGUUUCUAAUUAUUUUUUUAAAGUAUCCUUUGGAAGUAUGACAUUUUAUUUUGGUACUGUGAAUGGAUGUUCACUUUUUUCCCCAUAAUGUUUGUUCAUAUUAUGUGCUAUACAUAUAUAUGUAUAUAUAUAUAAAAAAGAAGUCUUG